CAGAACAGAAACGACGGCGUAUUAAGAGUAGCACACUCGCUUCUUCCUUUUCUUAUGAUGUGAUACUUGACAAAUAACACUACGAAGCUCUCCGCUACUAAAAUUUCGAGAGAGAGCUACAAGAAGAAACGUUUUCACACACGAAUCUUCUCGGAUCUGAAUCUCUGGAUCCGAACAUCUUUCAUUCCAAAUCGCUAAUUAAAGGUAUAAAGAAAAGCUUUUGAGUCAUGUCAAGAAGGCAAGUAGGUUCGACGAGGCGUGUGGGAGAUAGUGGAAGCUUCCCAUUUGUUGGAGCUUUGCACUCAAAGUCACGCUCCUCUCCUCUCUUCUCUCUUUGCCUUGUUCUCGUGGGAGCAUGCCUUCUCAUUGGUUAUGCUUUCAGUGGUCCAGGUAUGUUUAAAAGUAUUAGAGAAGUCAGCAAGAUCACAAGUGACUAUUCAUGCACAUCUGAAGUUCAAAGAGCUAUUCCUCUUCUCAAGAACGCGUACGGAGACAGUAUGCGAAAAGUCUUGCACGUGGGUCCUGAGACUUGCUCAGUGGUCUCUACUCUGUUGAAGGAAGAAGAGACUGAAGCGUGGGGUGUUGAACCGUACGAUGUAGAGGAUGCAGACUCUAACUGCAAAAGUCUUUUGCAUAAAGGCCUUGUGCGUGUUGCUGACAUCAAGUUCCCUCUUCCUUACCGCUCAAAGUCAUUUUCUCUUGUCAUCGUCUCUGAUGCUCUUGAUUACCUCUCACCUAAGUAUCUGAACAAGACCGUUCCUGAACUUGCUCGGGUUGCUUCAGAUGGUCUCCUUCUUUUCGCAGGUAAUCCUGGUAAGCAAAAGGCUAAAGUCGCAGAGUUGUCGAAGUUUGGACGACCAGCUAAAAUGCGAAGCUCGUCGUGGUGGAACCGUUUCUUCUCGCAGACGAAUCUAGAGGAAAACGAAGCAGCAAGCAAGAAAUUCGAAAAAGCAGCUUCCAAGAUUUCAUACAAACCAGCUUGUCAAGUCUUCCACCUCAAGCCAUUACAUUAGAACAUUAUUGUUAUUACUGGUCUUGAAAAGCAUCAGACCAGAUAUGUCUUCUCGUCUCUGUUAUAUGCCUUUUUCCCUCUAUAGAAAGAAACAGAAAGUUCCACAAAAUUGUAAACACAUUCUCGACUAUUUGAUUCAUAAUUUAAC